UGGACAAACAAGGUAUAAGCUGCGAUGAUCUUGCAAACUCGAACCAUAAAUUCACAUCUGGACUCAGGACUUGAUGUGAAAACCCAGUGAGAGGUCACUAGGUCACUAAGUGUUUUAGGUUGUGGCUGUUUGCGCCCAUUUACAAGCUUUUUAUCCUCCUGUCACUCUCUUGGGACUAAAAACAGUGACAGAUGGAGUCCUGCAUCAGAGUCGAAUUGCAAAUGUAACGACCCAGAUGCACCUUUUCAAAGAAAGCAUGCAGAAUGCAUCUCGCACGGGCUUUUCUGGUCCACAUUUUUUACGCAGCAGCGCUUGGAAUCUUCGCUGUUCGGUUUAGAACUGUUGUUUUAUGCGCAUCAUCGCAGCGUCUAAAGCUUUGACAACCGGCCUGCAUCCGUUUAUUUUUAAACGUGCCACACACAUCCCAUGUUCCUGCGGUCAAUAAUUCAUAUGUUUCAGGGCUUACGGCAUGAGAGUCGGAGAGCAGGAAGACAAAACUAACGAUGCAGAGGAGCGCACAGGGUGCAAAUACGCUCUCUAAAAAGACGAGGCAGCAAAACACACGAUGCAGGCCUGCAAACAACCGGCAGGACACAACCAUGGGUCCAAUCAACGGACCUGUGAGACCCCUGGCAUGGGCCCCCAUGACUACAGAGUACCAGGAGAAGUUCCUCCCUCCCCAGUGGAAAACCAAAACCAUCGUCACCACCUCCAGGAUUAAGGACCCCUACCACCCACUGAGGGGCACAAAUGCAGAUAUCGGCACCUUAAGAUCCUCCUUCAAGGUCCAAAACUGUCGUAAAAUCCCACCACAGCCCCCACAGCUAUCAGAGCCUCCCAAAGACUGCAGAAGGAGGGUCACCAGCAUUACAUGCCCCUCCAUGCGUACCAUCGUCCCCUGGAUGCCGCCCAAGCAGAACUUUGUCUCUUCGUACCAAAGUGAUUUCCAACCUUGGGUGGUGAACAAGCUGAAGCCAUAUCGGCCAAAAGACAACUUCAGCAUAAAGUCUGGAAUAGUUGCCUUGGAUGAACCUCAUGAGCAAGAGAAAAGAUCCACGGCCAACUCUACUGACGUGCCACAGGAAGUCUCGCACUCUGUGCAUCCCAGACCCAACCAAGUUCAACCACUACAGCUGGCAGCAGCAUCAUUCCAACCAAAGGCUGCUUCGCACAUAAACCGAGAACAUCUUGACGAAUCCAGUGACUUCUUUGACAGAUUCCAAUCCUUGUCCCUUGAAACCAAGUUCUGCGGGCAACCCAAAAAGCCCGGUCAACCAGAAGAUCACCGAUUUGACCAAAUGAUGCACAAGUCCCAGGGCACAAAGCCAAUUCUGCCGUCUGUGCAAACCAGUAAGAACAAUGUGGAACCCGCCCAUGGGAAUACCAUGAAGGAGGACUUGAGAGCUUGGAGUGCACCACGGGUCACAAAAAAGCCUCGGAGUGGAUUUCCCAAAUUGAACAACGCUGCAGGCUCUAACUCCAGCUGCAACAAACAAAUCUCCGAGCCUCCACGGAGCCGCCACUGUUCAGAUUCUUAAAGAAGCUGAAAGCCGCCAACGAGAUGUGGUGCCGCCACAGAUUACCUCAGGUAGCUUCUGCCCUUGCAUCAAUAAAAAGCCGUAAAUGGCAGUAAUAAUGUGUAAUGGCAGCUAUUUUUAUACAAGCAUCUCACUGACUCAUCCCAUUUGAUUGAUGUAAAAUGAGCAAAAUCAAAGUGGGCUAAAUGUGGACUUCCUCUGAUUACUGAAAGGUGUUUCUGAAUCAACUGACAACUGAAUGCUUUAGCAUCACCUGGAGUAGCAGAAUGUAGAUUAGACGUCAAAAGAUGGAUAGAUAUGACAACAAAAACUGGAAUCGUGAAAGAAUUCCAUUUUAUUUAAAAACAAAACAAAAAAGCAUUGGCUAGUCCACAUCCUGACCGGGAGAACAUUUGCAUCAUUUAUAUUUACAUCUAUACAGAUCUUUUAAAAGGCUGUCCAUUGUUUUUAAAACACUGCCGAACACGUAGCAGCAUUCAACUAUAUCUCAGGGGGCUCCAGUGCAAACAAAAAAAAACAAAACAAAGGGACAUUUGAAAUCAUUUACUCUCCUUCAUUCAGUUCUCUUCCAGCGCAAACUGUCCCCUAUAAAUCACAUCAUGUAAACUCUACAGAGUUAAAGCUGUGUGGUUGUCACAAACCCAUUUCAGCGGCCGCUAGUCUUCCUGGAAGCGGAUGUGUUUAUUAGCCUCCUUGGCUCUGGCAAUGAUGAUUUUUUCAGCUUUGGAUAUGAGCUGAGGUGUGACAGGAAAAUAGAAAUGAGAUGUGACAGCAGAUAAAGCAGAGUUAACGGGCUAAAAUAUGAUGUGACCGGGCGUGUUAAUGUGCCAGAAUGACUCCAGGUAUUAGUCAGUGUUCAAAAAUGGACUGCACUCAGAAUAAUCCUCUUAUAAAUGUUGAAAUAUGCAACUCAAAUUACAAAAUGAAACUGUGUAUGUGGAGUCUACAUUACUAUGUCUUUAAAGAUUGCACAUUUUAUGAUACUUUGGUUGUUUAUACACACAAAAUGGAAUAAAUAAUUCAUGCCAUA